CAAAACCCUGGUGCCUAGAGCUUAAACCCUGAUACUCAAAAGAGAGAGAGAGAGAGAGAUGAAAUUUACGAAUCUGAUUCCUCUGGGAUCCGGGCUGGUGAGAAAGCUUUUCACUUCGGCAGCCGAUAAUGCAACGGCUUCAGCGGCUCGAAACAGAAACAGGCUGUACCCGAGGCUGUCGAUUUUAGCAGCGACGGGAGGGACGGUGUCAGAGACGUUAAACGAGUUCAUAAUGGAGGGGAAAAAGAUCAGGAAAGAUGAGCUGAGCCGAUGUGUCAAAGAGCUACGCAAAUUCCGUCGUUAUCAGCACUCCCUUGACAUAAUGGAUUGGAUGGAGAAGAGGAAUAUACACUUUUCGCACAUUGAUCAUGCUGUACGUUUGGAUCUUAUAGCAAAAACCAAAGGACUUGCUGCUGCUGAGGAUUACUUAAGUGCCCUUCCUCCCGGUGCCAAGAAUAAGAUGACUUACGGAUCUCUUUUGAAUUGCUAUUGCAAUAAUAUAAUGAAGGACGAGGCGUCAUCUCUUUUUAAGAAAAUGGAUGAAUUGAAGCUCAUUGACAAUUCUUUACCUUUCAACAAUCUCAUGUGCCUGUAUAUGAAAAUGGGACAACCCCAGAAGGUGCCCGAACUUAUCAAUGAAUUGAAGCGCCGAAACAUCCCCCUGGAUCACAUCACUUACAUUAUGUGGAUGCAGAGCUUUGGAGACUUAAAUGACAUCAAGGGAGUAGAGAGUGUUGUAGAAGAGUUGUUAAAUGAUAGUGAAGCUAAGUGUACUUGGAAAACAUAUAGUAAUCUGGCUGCAAUUUAUGUUAAGGCUGGUCUGUUUGAGAAAGCUGAAGUAUAUCUUAAGAAGCUGGAGACAGAUAAGAAGCCUCAUCAGCGCGAGGCUUACCAUUAUCUGAUUAGCCUGUAUGCAGGUACUUCGAACCGAGCCGAGGUUUUCCGACUGUGGGAAACUCUGAAACGAGACUUUUCAGGUGUUAACAACACAAGCUAUCUUAUUCAGAUUCAGGCUCUUGCUAAACUGAAUGAUUUCGAGGGUAUGAAGGAUUGCUUCAAGGAGUGGGAGAGUAGUUGCCUUAUUUAUGAUAAGAGGUUGGCAGGUAGUACCAUCCGAGGUUAUCUAUCAGGGGAUAUGCUUGAGGAAGCCGAGCUUGUUUUUGAUAAUGCUUUGAAGAGAAAUAUAGGUCCUUUUACUAAGGCUCGAGAGUAUUUCAUGGCUUACUUCUUAAACAAAGGUCGAUUUGACAUGGCUUUGAAGCAUAUGGAAGCAGCGGUUUCUGAGGUCAAGGACUGGAGCCCUUUGAUUCCCGAAACUAAAAAGGCUUUCUUUGAAUAUUUCUUGAAUGAAGGUGACGUUGAGGCUGCUGAGGAGUUCUGCAAGAUUCUGAAGAAUAACAAUGGUCUCGAUUCCGAGGCCUGCCAUUGGUUGCUAAAAACUUAUGUUGCCGCUGGUAAAGUGGCUCCUGACAUGCGUCAAAGGUUGGAGAAUGAUGGUAUUGAAAUCAGCAAAGAGCUUCAGGAUUUGCUUAUAAAGGCCUGCCCCGAGUAAUGUUGUAAUCUGAAGCUCCUAAAAUCAUUUGGAUUAUUUUGAGCUUCUAUUUCAUGAUUCUUACUGCUAAGACAUCACCCAAAAAAAAUGUUCCAUGAUUUUCAUUGCCCAGUUUUUUUUUUAGUAUUUCUGCGAACCGUUAUAUUCCAG